AUGAUUGGAUCUACUACUGAUUCACAAGAUGUUUUCUCAUUCAAAAUAUUGAAUAGUGCAACAGAAACGAAGGAAUCAACGAAACAUGUUAAUAUUAUCAUUAGUAGUUUAUCGAGAUUGUUGGGAUUCAUUAGAAGAGGAAUUAUUGAUACAACAGAUGUGGAUUUAGUUAUUGUGGAUGAUUUCGAAUAUUCAAAAUCGUUGAAUUCAUUGCAAGAUUUCAAAUAUUUCUUUUCAAGAUUUAACAACGCAAGAGCGAUUGUUUCAACUGAAGGUGAUAAGAAGAUAAUUCCACCAGUAUUGAAUAAUCCUGCAAUACUUUGUAGUAUUCCUUUCAGUAAUGAAAGUUAUUACAAUUACAUCAAUUUUGUUGGAAAUCAUUGA